AUGACGAGGGAGGAACGUCAGUCUCUGAUUCAUGAAGGAUCUGGAACGGUGAUGUCUGCAUAUGUGGAAAUCGUUUUUGACAACACAGACCGCCGUUUUCCCAUCGACAAAGACGAAGUGGUGAUCAGAAGAACCAUUGGGAUGAAGAAAGACGAUCAUUCUUUGGACUCCAAGCUUGCAACCAAGGCGGAUAUUAUGAACUUGCUUGAGAGUGCGGGUUUUUCCAAGUCCAACCCAUACUAUAUCGUUCCUCAAGGCAGAAUCACCUCAUUGACCAACGCCCAAGAUUCUGAGAGGUUGCAACUUUUGAAAGAAGUUGCCGGUGCGCGUGUUUUCGAAACCAAGUUAAAAGACUCUCUCAAGGAGAUGACCAACACCAAUAAGAAGAAAGAGCAGAUCGACGAAAUGCUGAGAUAUAUCGAGGGAAGACUGGAAGAUCUCGACUUGGAAAAGAACGACCUUAAGCACUUUGAAAAACUCAACAACCGGAAAAAAGCUCUCGAGUAUAAUUUGUAUGAUAGAGAGCUCACGAGUCUGAACGACCAAAUUGAGAGCUUGGAGUCCGACUAUGCCUCUGCGGUUCACGAUACGUCUUCCUUGGUGGAGAAGUUAGCAGAAAGGGAAAAGCAAGUUCAACAGAUUGAAAGCUCCCUGGCCGAGCUCACCGCUAACUUGAAAUUAGUUGACGUUGACAUUUCCGAAAAUGACAGCGAGAUCAGAGAUGUUUUGGAAGCUAUCGGUGACCACAGUGCGCAACUGAAAGACGCGGAGCUUGAACACGUUCCAUCUGGUGCUGAUCUCGCUGCACAGAUCGCAGAGCUGAAUUCUCAAAUCUCCCAGAAAGAGGUUGAGUUGGGUAGAUCUCAACCGGCUUUGAAGGAAGCCAUCAACAGGGAGCGCUCGAUCAAAGCCAAGCUCGAUGAGAUGAAACAGCAGCAGCGGUCUUUAUUGUCGAAGAAGGGUCGCUUCUCUCAAUUUGAAAGCCAAGAGCAACGCGAUGCCUGGCUCCACGAUGAAAUUAAGACUCUUGCUGACUCUCUAGACACAAAGAAAAGCGAGCUUUCGGAGAUCUUGUCUGCCAGAAGCCAAGCCGAGGCAUCCGCAAGCCAGCUGGCUUUGCAGCUUGACAGCGAGGGAUCCUUGGAUUCUCUUACUGUAGAGAUGGAUGCGCUUGAUGCUCAGCUCGGAAACCUCAGACUGAACUACAGCAAGCUGAUCGACGAAAGAAAACAACUUUGGAGGGAGGAGAGCAAGCUCAACAGUGUGAUUCAAACUUACGAGGAGGAGAAAGCUCGUGCUCAGCAAGGAGUGAGUGAAACGAUGGACCGGUCCAUGGCCCUGGGUCUUGAAUCUGUGCAACGGAUUGCAAAAGAUCUUGGUUUGAAUGGCGUCUAUGGUACUUUGGGGGAACUAAUCAAUGUCAGCGAAAAGUACAAGACUGCUGCUGAAGUUGUUGGAGGCAGCUCUUUAUUCCAUGUUGUUGUUGACACCGAUAGAACUGCUACUCUGAUUAUGGAUGAGCUGGUCAGACAAAAAGCAGGCCGUGUCACUUUCAUGCCCCUCAACAGACUUCAUCCUAAAGAUGCAACCUACCCAGAAACUUCUGAUUCUGUGCCUUUAAUGAAGAAAAUUGCCUUUGACGAGUAUUUAGAGCCAGCUGUGAAGCAGAUAUUUGGCAAGACUGUGGUUUGUAUCUCGCUGGAGAAAGGAGCGGAGAUUGCCAGUACUUACAAGCUAAAUGCCAUCACGCUAGACGGAGAUAGAUGCGAUCGCAAAGGUGUCUUAACAGGAGGUUUCCGCGACCAAGGAAGAUCCAGAAUCGACUGUUUGAAGAGUCUUACCAAAUGGAAGACGGAAAUCUACAGUACUCAAGAGAAAUUGGCAACUAUCAAGAGGGAGAUUUCUGAAAAAGAUUCUCAGGUCACACAGGCCAGUGAGGAGCUUGCCGCUGUACGCAAGGAGCUUGAUGCAAAGUUCACCCUCAAAGAGUCACAUCUUUCUUCCAGAAUGAAGCUGGUCAGCGAGAAGAGCAGAUGCGAUCAGGAGCUGAAUUCCUUGUCCAGCCGGAUCGAGACCUUGCAAGCUUCUGUGAAGCUUGUUGAGCAGCAGAUCAAGGAGUACAACAGCGAGCUGAAAAGUGACUUUAGAGAACACAACCUUAGCGAUGCGGAAGUCAGACAACUCGAAUCUCUCAGUACCGACAUCGUGGACACUGAAAAAGAGUACAAUGUUGUGAACGAGAAGCUGAGCGAACUGGAAUUGCGUGCAUCUUCAUUAACCUCUGAGUUGAACGGAAGCUUGUAUCCAAGACUGCGUCAAUUGAACAUGAAGAGUACCAACUCGCAGGAGUCGUCUGACUUGAAGGUACAAGACCUAAAGAGAAAGCUUGAGUCUCUGAACGAGGCCAAAAACAAACUCGAAACAUCCAACUCUGAACUUAUGGCCAAGUCCAAGUCUCUUACCAAGGAGAUGCAAAGCAAGGAGGACCAGCUACAGAAGCUCAACGAGUCCCAGAGAAAUAUCCUUCGCAAGUUGGAGAACUACGGAAAAUCUUCAGAGAAAUCUCUGAGUAAGAAGAUUCUUUUGAGCAACAGACGGGACGAAAUCAGUCGUAAGAUCAGAGAUCUGGGAGUUUUGUCCGAGGAGGCAUUUACUUCGUUCAAGGAGAUGGUUUCAGGUGAGAUUUUGAUUUUACUUAAUGAAGCGACAGAGGGAUUGAAGCAGUACAGCCAUGUGAACAAGAAGGCCCUCGAACAGUUUGUGAACUUCACCAAGCAACGGGACUCGCUGGUCGAGCGUAGGGAUGAACUUGAUCAGGCAAAAGAGUCCAUCGAAGAGCUGAUCUCUGUUCUCGAGCGCAGAAAAGACGACGCGAUCAUCAGGACGUUCAAGGAGGUCAGCUUGGGCUUUACCGAGGUGUUCGAGAAGCUUGUUCCAGCAGGAACGGGAAAGCUUAUCAUCCAGAAACGCAGUGAAAAGACUGGCAAGGGACAGAAAGCUGUUGAGGUCGAAUCUGACGACGAGCAAGACUCGGAACUCAUCGAUCAAUACGUGGGAGUUUCUAUCUCUGUGUCGUUCAACUCCAGAGAUGAUGAGCAGCAAAGAAUCGAACAGCUAUCUGGAGGCCAGAAAUCGCUGUGUGCUAUUGCUCUCAUUCUUGCUAUUCAGAAAUGUGACCCUGCUCCGUUCUAUUUGUUUGACGAGAUUGACGCCAACUUGGAUGCCCAGUACAGAAGCUCUGUUUCGCAAUUGAUCCACGAACUGUCCCAGAAUGCUCAGUUCAUCUGCACUACCUUCCGUCCAGAGAUGCUAAAGGUGUGCGACAAGUUCUUUGGAGUCAUGUUCAACAACAAAGUCAGUACAGUGAGUGAGAUCAACCAGGCUGAUGCUUUGGGCUUCGUGGAAGGCCAACAACGCAGCUGA